AUGAAUACAAAAACAUUUUCUUUUUAAAAGAAUAGAGUAAAUUCAGAACAAUGGAAACAAUUAUAAAGAGAUGUAUUUAAUGUUUUAAAUUUAUUUUUAGCCCUAAUUACUUAAAUUAGCAUAGCAAUUAAACAGAAAUCGUACAUAAUCAAAUAUUACAACAUCUAAACAGAUAAAACUUGGGAAUCAAUCAAUCUCAAGAAUAAAAUUGAAUUCAAUUAAAAUUGAUUCUAAUGAUGAUUCUUCUAAUUAGAAUAAUUAGAAUGAUGAAAAAGCAAAAUAAAAAUUGAUCAUAACAAGUAGAUCAGCAUAAUUUACGAAAAAACUAAACUUAAUAAACAAUGUUCAAUUAAAAAAAGUGCAUCAUGGCAAUUAUUUUUAUGAUAAAAUUAAAGAAAUCUUAGCAAGCGGUCUAAAAGAUAAUUCACCUUUAAAAAAAAUGAGUAGAGAUGCACUUAAUUAAAUACAUAUGAUGAUUACAUAUUAAGAAUUUAUUCCUGAAGUUACUUUAUUAUAUUAAGGGAAAUCAUAAAAAUAGUUCAAAAUAGCUUUUGAUCUCGAUGAAACUCUCAUUCAUACAGAAGAAGUAUAAAAGGAUAAAGUUUAUGAUUUUCAAAAUAAUGAAUUUGGUGUGUUUAUAAGACCAUAUUGUCGUCAUGUGCUUAAAGAAUUAAGUAUGGUAGCUGAUUUGUUUGUAUUUACUUCUGCAAACUAAAAAUAUGCUAAAACAGUAUAAAUAUUAUACUAUAUAUUUUUAGAUUAUUAAUCUAAUUGAUCCAGAAAAUAUAUACUUUAAAGGUCAUUUUUGUCGAAAUCACUGCAUUUCUCUAUAAAGCAGAAUACAACUAAAACAUUUAGGAAUACUAUCAAAUGAUCAUUCAAAAAUUGUAAUAAUUGAUAAUAGUCCAAUUUUUUAUAUGUAGUUAUAUAUAUUGAGUAUAUAAGGGGUUAACCAUAUAACGGCAUACCAAUUGCUCCUUUUAUUGAUGAUACAUAAGAUAAUGAAUUAUUGAAAUUGCACAAUUUAUUAACUGAAAAAAUUUUACAAUCAGAUGAUGUUAGAAUUACAAUUAGGAGAUUCUUUCAAUAUGAUAUCUUUCGGCAAUUUUCAGAUGGAAUCUCUGCAUUUAACAUAUUAUAUAAUUGA